AUGACAUCCCUUGUAAACACCUGUGAUUAUGACAACUUUGACCCAAAUUGUUAUAUGGAAACCCGUGAUUGGAAUGCUACCGAAAACAAAGAGGAAAGGAACAUUUUUCUAUUUAACGUUGACGCCUUGCACGAAUUAUUUCAUUCGGGUUGCAUCAAAGGUCAAACGCUACUUGACAUAGGAACAGGACCGACGAUUCGCACUUUGAUUAGUGCAUCUAGUCAUGUGGAGAGGAUAUAUUUGAGCGACAUCAACGAACAAAACAGAGCUACACUGCGAAAAUGGUGGAGGGGUGAAAAACUGCUAGAAGUAGAACUGACAGAUUACAUUUUAAAGAAGGAAAAUGUAAGGCAUUCAGCAGAGGACAGACAACAAACUCUGAAAGGGAAAAUCCAAGAAAUUCUACCAAUCGACGUUAGAUCGAGACAUCCACUUCCAAAGGAAGAUGGACAUGGAAACUUUGAUGUUAUAAUAUCCAGUCUCUGUUUCGAGUCAGCUUCGCAGUCAAAGGAAGAAUACUGUGAGGUUGUACAGAACGUGGCUUCGCUGUUGAAAAUUGGAGGUCAUUUAGUCGUUUUGGGACUUUUUGACAACACCCAUUAUGAUGUUGGAAAUUACAGAUUUAUUUGUGCAUCAUUGUCACGUGACGUCAUUGAAAACAUAUACGAAACAAAUGGCUUUACUAUAUUAACAUUUAGUUCUAAAAAAAUGGAUACGUGCGAAAAGGUCAAGCCUUAG